AAGAGAGCGGCGGCGAAGGAGUAGACAAACAAACAGGAUGGCGGAGCCGGAGCUCGCAUCCAGCGUGUGUGACUCAGACGAUGCCGCCGAAGCCGCGCCGAGUCCCUGGCCCCACAUCCACGCCAUCUUUGCCCUGCAGAGCCACAAGAAGAACGUCCAUGUGAUGCGCUGCCAGUUGUGUCUACCCAAGCAAGUCUUUAUUUCAGCCUACAAGAACUCCACUUCCAACUUGAAGAAACACCUCCAGAGGAUUCACCCCGACGACGUGAGCAGGUAUACUUACUUAAUCGAGUCCCACAGGAGGAAAAAGUUCUGCUCUGAGGAACCUCCCAAGAAAAUUACAAAGAAGAUGGGCCCAAAAAGAAAGCCAAGUCUGGAACAAAAACGCUUGACCGCCCGAGUGAGGAUGCGUGCGUACAGAGCUCGACUCGCCCUCAAGCGUGCUGCUGCUGCCAACGAUAUGUUUAUGCAGAGACUAAACUUUGCUCCUAGUGAGAAGGACGAUCCGGUGGGGCGCAACAGCGACUGGAUGGCGGGCGAAACUGUCGCAGACUUCGAAGUGGACACCAGCCUCCCAGCCAUGUCAACCCCAUGGCAUGAGGAGGAAGACGACUUUAACAUGGGAGGAGACGAUGACUUUAAGAUGGAAGAAGACGACUUUAAGGCGGGAGGAGAAGACGACUUUAAGGUGGGAGGAGCCCGGGGGAUGAGGUCCAAGCCGAGGUUCUCCUUCUCGGAGGUCAAACUCCUGCUGGAGGCGGUCAAGGAGAACCGACACAUUGUUCUCAGGAAGUUCAAUCACGGCGUGUCGUCAGAUUCCAAGAAACAGAAGUGGGCGGAGAUCACGGAUCAGAUCAACAGCCUGGGAGAGAACCAGAGAGAGGUGCGUCAGAUCAUGAAGAAGUGGGCGGACCUUAAGUGCGAUGGCAAGCGGCGCCUGGUGGCCCUUCACUCCCCCAACGGCUCGUUUGACAGGCGACGGAAGAAGUCGUCGUUGGGCCCCGUGGAGAAGAUGGUCCAUGAGAUCCUGCUGAUGAGUCCCAAAAGAGACGGCAACAGCGGCGUGGACUUGGGAGGCGAAGACGAAGACUCCAAGUUGUCCGUGGAACAAGGAGGCAACAUAAGCCCCUCCUACUCCAGCCUCAACGUGCCCAAUAGCACGCUCUCUCUUCCUGGAGGGCUUUGCCUGGACUUCUCUCCUCUGUCCUCGCCUGAGAAGGAACACAGCGGCGACCCGUUCCACUCGUCGUCGGACUUUGACCAGCAGGAUGAUGCAGAACCUUCCGUGGACUUUGACGACAACGACAACUCCACCUUUUCCUACCGCUCCUCCUUUCUGCCGCCCACUGACAACGCGCAGGCGGUCGCCAAGCCCAUCCACACCUACUCCAGGAACCAGAACCACAACGCCACCACCUCAAAGGCUCAGGCACGUCCCCUUUUCGAGCCUAGCACCACCUCGUCUCCCGCCGCGCCUCCGCCGGCGCCCUCCCCCUCGGACGCCGCCCCCCGCGCCGGCACCUCCUCCGCGUCUUCCUCACUGGCCCCGCCCACCACCUCCAAUGGCUCCUCUCAGCCUUUCGGAGUCCUGCCGCCUCCGAAUCACCUCGCUCCGCCGCUCCCCAGGCACGCCCCUCCGGACUCCGCCCAGCCGGACCUGCUCCCGCCGGGGCCCGCCCACAAGGCGCAGCAACGCGUGGCCCAGCUGGCGUCUCAGAGCGUGCAGCAGCAGCGCGCCACCCGCCACCUGCUCUCCUCCGUGUCUCGCUCGCUGGAGACGCUGGCCCAGUCGGUGCAGCUGCUGGUGGAGAGCCAGCAGGAGUUUGUGCACGAGUCGCUGCUCCUGCAGAGGGAGACGCUGGGCAUCCUCAAGGACUUCUCCGGCACGGCGCUGACCAUGCUGCGCGACAAGUCCAGCGCCGGCCAGGCGCCGGCUCAGCAUCCGCCAGCCUCGCGCAUCUGAGGCGGCGGGAAGGUUCCGUGACCACCUCGGUCCCCUCCCGUCACGUUGUGGACAUCAUGGACGUCAGAGUCCUCCUCGAUGCUCUCCCGCACCACUCAAACGCUCCGUUACGAGCUACGGAGGGAAUGCGGGCGGCCUUUCCUCAAACCAUGAGACGUGUGAAAGAGGCAGAAUAGGACACCUUUUGUUUUUAACUUCAUUUCCUUCACUGGAUGAACAAAUCAUGACAUAUAUCUAACCAUGUGCUCGCAGGAUGACGCGUGGCAGACAUACAUCUUCUGACGCGCCACUUGAGUGGAAUCAAACUGUAGUGGUGUGAGAACUUCCAGGUGACGUCACACACGACGUGGAGUCAAUUAGUAUGCUAGUGUGUGAUCCAUUGUGAUGCUUAUUAAAGUAGCAGCAACGCUAACGUUGA